AUGCCAGUAGCAAGGAAAGAUCCUCGGUACAGUGUGCAGGAUAUCAUUGCAAUCAUCCAAGAUGGAGAGAGUGAUGUGGACGUACCCCUUGAUGACACUGAUGCAAGUGAUGAGGAGUCAGACAAUGAUCCCUGUGUGGACAAAGAAAACCAAGAGCCGUCUGACUGCCCAGCCAAUGUGGACAUUGAGCCCCAAGAAAAUGAACACAUCAUGCCCCGUGACAGAUAUCGCUGGCAAAAAAAGGAUUUUAUCAGUCCCAAUACUGAUUUUUCUGGUCCACCUGUCACAGACGAUGGUCAGGACUACAAGAUCUAUGCAGACAACUACUUCACCUCUGUUCCACUGGUAGUGAAGCUCCUUGAGCAUGGAAUCCAUUAUGUGGGUACAGCCAGGCAGGUGCGGCUCCCUAACUGCAACCUUGAAGAUGAGAAGAGCUUGAAGAAGAAGGGUAGAGGAAGCUUUGACCACAGAGUGGAGGGGACACACAACAUCUGCGCUGUGAAAUGGUAUGACAGCAGGGCCGUCACACUUGUGUCAUCCUUCACUGGACCAGAACCUGUGCAGGAGAUUCAGCGCUGGGACAAAGCCACCAAAACCUACAUUGACGUUGAAAGACCUUACCUUGUGGCUACCUACAACCAAUACAUGGGAGGUGUGGAUUUGUUGGACUCAUUUACAGCAAAAUACAAGUUCACCCUGAAAUCCCGCCAAUGGUACAUGUACAUCUUCUGGCACACCAUCACCCUCGCCGUGGUCAACGUCUGGCUCCUCUAAAAACGGCACUGUCAGGCUCUCGCGAUGCCAAAGAAGGAGAUACUAAACAUGAGAAAGUUCCAGGCACAGCUAGCAUCCUCUCUCAUCCUGAUGGACACAACACUCACAAAUCCAAAAAGAGGACGUCCAUCAUCAGGCAGCAGGAACCCAGACGCAGCAGGGAGUCCCUUGACUGCUAGGAAGAGACCAUCCUCAGAUGAUGGGAGUCCAAAUUGUCCAUCCAAGAAAUCAUGUGCACACCCCCCACUCGAUGUGCGCAAGGACCUCACUGGACAUUUCCCCAUGAAGGUCAAGAGAGGACGCUGCAGACAUUGCAAUAAAGGGUAUACGACCCAUUGCAGCAAGUGCGAUGUUCGCCUCUGUUUUUCAGAGGAAAAGAACUGUUUUUGGGACUAUCAUUGUAAAUAAAAAGUUCUCUUUGCUGGAAUAAAUAAAAACAAACUGUUCAUAACAACAUGACUGAGAGUAUUUUUCAUGUUAUACUGUUCUGGGAUAAAAGCAAAACCCUGCAAAUUAAUCCGUAGUCCUAUAUUGUUGUUCAGACAAUGAGUACACAUACAGGAAAUUCUGCUCCCCAUUUGGCCCAAUGUUGCAAUAUUACAACAUUUCUGUAAAAACUU